AUGGGAGACGCUCAAGACCUCGCCGACCAGACCGUGGCCGUCUUCUGUGAGCCCGACCCGCAAAAGCGAGCCAGGGACAUCGCCAAACUAUGGGCCCCCGACGGCGAGCACUUCGGCGGCUUCCAGGCCAAGGGCUAUGCUGGUCUCGAAGAGGGUAUCCAAGGAUCAUACGACAACCAGGUGGUGAAGAAAGGGCUGAAGUGGAGGGCAUACAACGCUCUGAAGAGGGACAAUAUCGUGUUUUUCAUGUUUGAUGGAGUUUCCCAAAGUACUGGGGAGGUGGUCGGUUUCGGAUCAUAUGUGCUCGUUCUGGCAGAUGACGGGAAGAUUCAAAAGGACUAUACUUUUGUCUUGCAGAAUCGGUUCGCAUCUGGCGAGAAUGGCAAGAAGUUGUAG